AUGUUACUAGCAGCAGCUGUAGGUGGCGACUCUAUCAAUUGGGAAGCUAAUGUAGCAAUAUGCGAUAUGCUAUCGUCCUGUCCAGCACUGAUCCCUGAAGUCCUGCUGGAGAUUCGCAACAACUUCGAGAUGGGCGAUUCCCCCAAUAUUCAACUUUGUUUAACACUCCUAGAGAUGCUCGUCAAGAAUUGUGGAUAUAUUGUUUGCACCUAUAUGUCCGAU